AUGCAGCUGGCGUUCCACCGCGUGCACAACACCAACCGGCCGGUGCACCGCAUCCCGCCGGGCUUCAUGAUCCUGGAGGAGGAACUCCGGAAUUUGUCCAUUCCGCCACCGACACUCUCGCUGCCCGCAUUCACCUAUACAUCACCGUCGUUUUCUUCGUACUCAUCGAUGGUGCAGUUGCUGCCGCGCGUGGCGUGCUACGAGGCGGAGUUCACGACGCACGGCGGCAUCAACCUCCCAAAGGCCCUCCGCUGCGUCCUCAGUGACGGCCGUUCUGUGCGGCAGCUGCUUAAGUCCGAGGACGACCUUCGGCAAGACAGCCUCAUUGAACAGGUGUUUGCACUGUCGAAUGAGCUCCUGGCGAAGGACCCAUCGACGCGGCGUCUGCGUGUCAGUACGUACAACGUUGUCCCACUCGCGCCUACGGUCGGCAUCAUUGAGUGGGUUGACGGCACCGUCCCGCUUGGCGAGUACCUCAACGGCAGCAGCAACAUUGACAGCGGCAGUGGCGGCGGCUGCCAUCUCGGCGCUCACGAGCGGUACUUCCCCGGGGAGCCAACGUCGCGUGAGUGUCGUCAGCGCCUUCACGACGCCAACAAGUCACAGAAACACGAUAUGCUGCUCGCGCUGUACUCCGCCUUUACGCCGGCCCUGCAUUACUUCUUCCUGGAGCGCUUCUUCACUCCGCAGGAGUGGCAUGAGCGGCGCGAGGCGUACACACGCAGUGUGGCGGCCUCCAGCGUUGUUGGCUACAUUGUUGGUCUAGGUGACCGCCACGCCAGCAACUUGCUGCUGCAGACGCAACGUGCGGAGCUGGUGCACAUAGACCUCGGCUUUGCCUUUGACCAAGGGAAGCUGCUGCCUGUGCCGGAGCUCGUGCCCUUCCGCCUCACACGUAACAUCGUGGACGGCAUGGGGGUGCAGGGGACCGAGGGGCCGUUCCGCCGCCACUGCGAGGGCACACUGCGCGUGCUGCGCGGGCAAAAGGAGCUGCUCAUGACAAUCCUCGAGGCGUGCGCGCACGACCCGCUCGCGCGUUGGGCCGUCACCGUGGUGGCGCCACCGCAGCAGCAGCAUCAGCAACAGGUGCAAGAGGAGAAGACGCCGCAGCAGCGCGGCAUGGGUGUGCGUCGUGGGAAACCGACGUACGCUGACGCAGAGCGAACGCUCUCGCGUGUGGCGGAGAAGAUUCAGGGCUACGACUCUGGAGAGCUUCUUAGCGUGCCUACACACGUGCACAAGCUGCUGCAGGUGGCACAGAGCACAGAUUUGCUGGCAUACAUGUUUGAAGGAUGGUCACCGUGGCUGUAG